CUGCUUCAACAAACUCAGAUCAAGAAAUGCAAAUUAAAGCGCCCGAUAUGUUGUCGAUGGCCAUCUUCUCUUAUACUGUAGUAGCUUAGUCUUCAGCCAUCCAUCACAUGACCUGACGUAAGCGCCUUCCUACUUACGAAAGAUUGCAGGAUACCACCUACAGGUUCAGCUCAAGCACCAUCAUGCUUUCCGUGAGGGACGUAGUUUCAAGAUGCGACUCGGUAGUUGUGUCUGCGGAUUAUUGAAAGCGCGGGAUGCAGCUGCAGGGGAGCGCCACAACUACAGGAUUGGGUGCAUCUGCAGAUCAGCUAUACCCACCAGCGUGCGCUGCGGCUCAUGAUCACUUUUACAACGAACUCGCGCUUUCCUUGGGCACUGAAUAUGUUAGGUCAUUUUCUGCCGACCAGGGCGACCACAAGGCUGCUAGCGGUUAGCCUCUUCUUUGGGGUUGCUUCCCUAGCCUGGGGAUAUAACAUUGGAAUAAUGGCGUCCAUAUACGUGCACCCGGGUUUUCAAAAGUCGCUCAACCAUCCAUCCAAGGGCAUGACCGGCUUCAUCACAUCUAUCUAUUAUUUUGGAACAUUGGUUAGCUACCUCUUCAUCGCACAUCCACUAGCCGAUCAAUAUGGCCGGAGAUUAGCAGCCGCAGCCGGCGCGCUUACCACCAUUAUUGGUGCGGUGCUUCAGACUGGCGCCAAAGAUUCUCACGGUGUUGAAGCGAUGGUUGUUGGCCGCAUAGUAUGCGGGAUUGGUCUUGCUAUCGUCUCGACCUCUGUCCCGCUAUAUCAAAGCGAAGUAUCCCCGGCAAAAAAUCGUGGCCGUUACGUCGUGAUCAAUCAUCUCGGCUUAGUCGUGGGCCUAGCAACCGCUUUCUGGGUUGGGUAUGGGAUAAGCCAUUGGGAAACUACACGCGGCACAUAUUACGGCUGGAGACUUUCAAUGGCGCUGCAACUUAUCCCAGAAACGCUGUUUCUCGGUGGGGUCUUCGUCUGCCCUGAAAGUCCUCGCUGGCUCGUUGAGCAUGGUCGCGGCGCGGCAGCUAGAAACAGUCUCGCCUGGCUUCGAGCUAUGGAUCCAACUCACGAAGAGAUCAUCAACGAAGUGCAUGAGAUUGAACAAGACGUACAACGACGAAAGGUCGAAUCCAGUCAAAGCUGGACAGCCUUGUUCACGCAUCGCCCUCUGUUCAACCGCUUGUGGCGUGCUUCACUACUCCAAUUCAUGGCGCAGAUGUGCGGUAACGUUUCCCUGAAGUACUAUCUGCCUACUGUUCUGAUGGGCUUGGGGGUUCCGCGAAAAACAACAUUGUUAAUCGGUGGCAUCGAGCUGACAUUCAAGAUUGGCUUCACCAUUGUUGACACUUGGUUGGUAGACCAUUACGGCAGAAGCCCAACACUCGUCGCUUCUUGCCUCGUUAUGGGCAUCGCACUGAUGCUAAAUGGAGCUUUACCCAUCGCGUAUCCAAACAACGUGAAUCAUGCGGCGGACUACACUUGCAUAGCUUUCAUAUUCGUCUAUACUUUCGCCUUCUCGAUCGGCUUUGGGCCUGCGGCUUGGGUUUACGGUUCAGAGAUCUUUCCUACUAACUUUCGAGCAAGGGGACUGAAUCUAGCCGCUUCAGGGUCCUCGAUCGGUGCCAUCAUCUCCUCCCAGAUCUGGCCCAUCGGCAUGCAAACGAUUGGCUCGAAAACCCACUUUAUCUUUAUGAGCACGAACCUCGUGUCUGGGAUUGUUAUCUGGCUCUUCUACCCUGAGACUAGCGGCCGAAGCCUUGAAGCUAUGGAAGCUCUGUUCGACAAAAGCUACAUCCCACGCACUCCGCUAGCGAACGAGCUUGACCAAUACCAUGACGAUGAUGAUAGUGAGGGUCAUUAUGAUGAGGGUGACGAAGAAGUGGAUGCGACCUUUUCUGAGACAGGGCGGAUGCACCACGAGCUAAUAUAAAGCAUUCAAAGCUUUUGUCAUUGACGACCAGAAUUUUUUACGAAAAGCAAGCGAAAAUAACAAGUAGAAACUGUUUGCGAGAUGAAAGAGUCCGUGUUUUUACACCCAUAACAUUCAGAGCGUGUACAUAACGAAUCGAUGCAGUAUAGUGUAAGUUAUACGUGAGUUACAGGCGGC